GGGCGGUGCGGCGGCGGCCGGACCCGGAAGCGGCGCGGCUGAGUCACCGCGGCGGCGGCGGCGAUGAGGCAGCAGCCGCGGCGGGUGGCGGUAUUGUCGGUGUCGUCCUUCGGAGCGUGAGGAGCCUCCCCGCGCUGUCCCGCCCGCCGUCCGUGCCGAGCCGCGCCGCGCCCCAGCCCCGCCGCCACCAUGAUGGAGGAGAUAGACCGGUUCCAGGUGCCCGCCGUGCGCGCCGAGAUGCAGCCGCUGGAUCCAACAGCUGCAUCCAUUUCGGACAGAGAUUGCGAUACGAGGGAGGGAGAGACUGUAGCCAUGAACUAUAAGCCGUCCCCACUUCAAGUGAAAUUAGAGAAGCAGAGAGAGCUGGCUCGGAAGGGCUCCCUGAAGAAUGGUAACAUGGGAAGCCCAGUUAAUCAGCAGCCCAAGAAGAACAACGUGAUGGCACGAACAAGGCUCGUUGUUCCCAAUAAGGGCUAUUCGUCAUUAGACCAGAGUCCGGAUGAAAAGCCGCUGGUAGCCCUGGAUACGGACAGUGAUGAUGACUUUGACAUGUCCAGAUAUUCGUCCUCGGGAUACUCAUCAGCUGAGCAGAUCAACCAAGACUUGAACAUCCAGCUGCUAAAGGAUGGGUACCGGUUAGAUGAGAUCCCAGAUGAUGAGGACCUCGACCUAAUCCCCCCGAAGUCGGUCAACCCUACCUGCAUGUGUUGCCAAGCCACCUCCUCCACCGCCUGUCACAUCCAGUAGUGAGGCCGGCAGGCUGUGAUCAAUGCUUUCCACUAUAACUGUAAAACUUAACAGCCAUUGCUUCCUCCUAUGGUAGGACGUGCACCUCUUUGUGUUCAUGGAGCCAGGAGAAACCAAAAAAUUCAUUUUAUGAUUGGUUGAUAAGUUAUUUUAAAUUAUGGUUAAACAAAAGUUGCUCAAAGCGCCAGGCAGCGCCUGGCAAAACUGACUGGUCUGGAGAGUGAAUGCAGAGUGGUCUAGAGAUACCUCCUUGGUUUGUGUAGGCACUGGGGAUGUUUUGUAAGGUGUCUGUUACAGAAUGGGAAGGGUCAGAUGGGGCUGCAGGUAAUUCCCCUUACCAAAACCAAUCCAUUUACAAGAUCAGGGGUGAGACUGAGGAGUCAGAACGUUUUACCAGUGAGAGGAUGUUGGGUUUUAAUUCAUUCACUAAACUUGUUUCACUUGCAAUGAUACCGGGGCACAGGAAUGAGCAGAGCAUCCUUUCUCAUGGCAAGGCUAGCCAGGACUAGCAUGGCACAAUUUGUUCACUUGUAAAGAGGGCAAAUAGGUGGCAUUUCACUGUGAGUCAGUACUAACUGUCGAGUCACAUAUCCAAUGCAAUCUACCCUUAAAUUAUCACCAAACACAUCCAAUUUGAUUUGCAAUCCAUUGGGGAAUCAGUCCUUGCCUAAGAACACCAUACUCCUCAGUUCAGUCCAGUCACGUAUACUGACUCUAGCCUUUAUUUAAUUCCCAUGAGACCCAUUUGUUUCCAAAAAUCUUAAAUUUUGUUCAACUAAGAAAAAAUGAGUCCUGCAUGAGACAGGUCUGGAGCCUUACAGCCUGAAGGUCAGUGCUGGAAAAGCUACUUGAAGAAAGCACGCUUUUACAAUGCUCAUCUAUUGAUAUUCUCUUGACACUGUGCCUCUUGGUGCCUGUGGGAGAGAUUUGUUAAGGCUGAAGGCAUCUGUGUGGUGGCGUCAGACUUCAGGGGAGUUUUCAGCAACAGCAGGAUUAUGAGCAGCUUCAGCUGAAAGAAAAAACCCAUGAGAGGAAACUACUGUCUAUCCAUUUCUGCCCACUUGUGAACCAGGCUUGGUCUGUAUUAGGGCUGUCCCGUAUCAGGAGCAGUUGUGUUUAUUUGUUGCUGGAAUAGUCAGGAGACUUGGCAUUACAUCUGCUGGACUGGAUUGUCAGUUCACCAGCAGAUUGUUUUGAAUGCAGAAUAAUUUCUGGAAUUAGGAAAUACAUCUUCUCCUGGCUGGUCUUACACUGCUGGCUUCAGCAUAUGUGGGGCUCAGGCAAGGGAUGGACUGGCAUUUUUCUGUGUUGAAAUCUUUUGCCACAACUGUGUGUUUUUCUGCCCUGCCAGGAGGAAGGACUGCCUGCCUUGGGUCGUCAUUUGUUUUACUGCCUGGGGAAGGGAAAAAGCAAGGGCAAUUCUGAGCUUCCCAUCAGAAUUCCUGAGUCACAAGGCAGAGCCUCAGCUCCACCCCUGCAGACAGAUCCCCCAUCUGAAAUCUGCAUGAAGUGAGCUGAGUCUUUAAAAAGUCCUCUUCAUGGUUAGGAGAAGAUUUAUUUAACAUCCUGUGGUUUCACUCUGUGCAGUACAAAGCACAAUACCACCAUGUGAGCAAAAGAGCAGGCACAAAAGAUUUCUGGGCUCUGUUGUUCACUAGCUGGUAUGGAAAACUGCUAAAGCUAUGUUUGGCCCCCCAUCCCUAAAACAGCACGCUGACACCCUGGCUCCAGAACACAGAAAGAGGACUGAGUGGUGCUGUUUACUGAGCAUCCCUGCCUUCUCAUGCAGAAGUGCUGGUUAACUUGCCAGCUCCUCUAGGAAGAGUGUUCCUCAAGUGAAUUCCUCUCCCUUUCGCACCACUUGGUAAUGUUAGGGGGAAUAUUUCCAAAAUAUAGCUUAGGAUGAGGUUAGCAAGUUGUCUGGAGUUGGGGGGAGAGCUCUAACAACACUGUGUAGAGAGAAAAGAUAAAAGGGAAAAAACAUUCCUUAAGGAGUCUUUUUAAUGGGGAUUGUAGUCAAAACCUAACAGAACACCAUAGUCAAACCAAACCCUGUAGGACAUGACAGAGUCUGUUUAAAUCAUCACUCCUCUCAAGAGGGACUUUGCAGUUCGUCAUUGGUACCAUGCAGCAUUUUCAUCACAUCUAUCCUUCUGAGUCAGUCUCUGUGCCUUCCACCCAGGCUGCACAUGCUGCGCCUUUCCCACAGCCCUUGCUCAGGAGCAUUUCAGUGUGCCUGCGAGAGCAACAAGCCAUCUGUUUACAUGGGUCAGCCUGCAGGUCCCACAGGUCUCUGUGAUGCUGCCAUCGUGUUUGGUCUAAGACAGAAAGAGGCUUGCUGACACUGUAUCUCCCAGGGUUAACACCUCCCCUCCAAAGGACAGACCUUCCCUGAUAACCCCAUGGCACCAUGACCAAGUCCUUUUAUUGCCUCUAUUGCUGGUUUUUGCCUGCCAUGUGCCCUGAGGCAUUCCUCAACCCUGCAACUGCCCUCAGCCCUUUGCAUUGUGUAAUGUGCAUCUACUUCUUGCACAACCUUUUAGGGAGGGAGAGAGAUGAAUUUAAAUGUUACAGCCAGUGCUUUCACCAAAUACAGACCAAAGCACAGGCCGAGUGUUUUUCCCUGCACACACAGAAGGUGUUGGUUGCACAAAUAGCUGUUUUGGCGUGACAGUACAGGACCAUAAAAUGGUAAUUUUUUGGCUUCUCCUCUCUAUGCUUUGUGUUCGUAUAUUUUAUCAGGGGGAUAAAGUAGAAAGGGUGGGGAAAAGUAGUUACCUGUGUAGGGUCGUUAUCAGGAAGGCUGAAUGGAUUAAGGCAAUGCACAUGUGGCUAUCGUAAAAAAUUUAACACUAACCCUUCUGAACCACAGCCCCUUAAGCAGGUUAUGACCAUGCGGCAUGUUCGUUGGCUCAUUAUGGAAUGUGGUGGACAGCCUGUCAGUCUGUAUUAACGGCAGAUAAGGCUGGCUCUCCCUAUCUGGUCUCAUGUUCAGACCUUUGCUUCUGCCAGAAGGUUUUCUUUGUGCCCUCAUUGGAGGUUAUGCUGUGAUGACUUUGUGGGAAGGUGUAUAGAUACAUGGCCAUUCUGGCACUGCUCUCCUUAGACCAGUCUUCGCCACCAUGGCCUGGAAAAACAAAGAGUAUAAGCCCUGACUCUCUGUCAUAGUACUAUAAAGCCCUAAAAUCUGCAGAGCUGCUAGGCACUCUCCUAAAUGCAGGUUGCAUGCAAAAAAGCAAAUUAUUCUUUGUUCCAGUCUUUGCACCAAACCAUAUGGUCUUCUCGGGCCCCAUUUUCAGGCCAAAGUUGUACAGAAUACCAAGGAGAGGAGCACAAUGAAAGACAUUGUUGUCCAUCUAAAUUACCAUGCGGAUAGGAUUUAAGGAUGUUGAUGCUGGUGUCUUCAUAAAGGAACUUGCAUUUGAUUCCUCCUAAAGCCAGAUUGGCUUUCUGUUAGGAUUUUAUGUAAUUUCAGUCACCAAAUUACUCAAGUUUAAGCAAAGGUCCUUUUAUCACAUGAUAAUUUUGCUCUUUAAUGUAAGCCGGCUUUGAACUCCAGUGUCUCAGCACUCAGCUCUUGUCUCCCCAGUCCACAAACUCCCCAUUUCCACAUGUCUGUGUGAGGAGGCACAUCCUCCUAAUGUUGAGGAAGGUCUUUAAGAUGGCAUGGUUUAGUCAUGGUGGUUGUAAAUAAACUUUGGCUGAAAGGAGGCUGAUGUCCAGGCAACCAUCCUUAAGGCUCGCUUGAUGUCUUACUGGACAUAUCUUGAAUCCAACCCUUGGAAGAGCCACUGGAUCCUAUCUGUUGUUGCUACACGUCUACCCCCAACACAUGUGCUUGGCCAUUGGGUCUGCUGUGCUGUUCUGGAUGUCUUGCCUGCAGAUGCCUUGUGGCUGCAAAAGCAGGUGACCAAGCCUGCUGCAUAGACUUAGAAAGGGACUUUAGGAUGCUCCCCCAUGGGCAGGAUGGACUCAGCUGCUUCUGGUUUGUCUCUCCAGCUCCUUUCCCAAAAGGAGGCACCCGCUCUGGUCAGCUGCAUGCUGGCUGGCACAUUGGUCCACGAUCCUGAGCAGAAUCCUUUCCUCUCCAUGCAGAGUCUGUCCUCAGGCUGGCCUGCAAGCUGUACAACAGCAGGCAGGAAGCUUGAAAAGUACAGCGCCCUGUAUGUGACUCAACAGAAACACGAAGAUGCUUUUGAAGAAAGGAAGGACCCAGCUGGGCACCAGAUGGAACAACAGGAAAAGGAAAACAAGCAGUAACUAGAAAGGUUGCCAAGUGCUGUCUUGGCCUAGGGCAGAUCCCAGUUGUCCGAGUUUAUCUAUCUCAGUGCAGUGCUGAUACCAGCAGGGACCAAAGCUCACUUUCAGAUGCACACACCGGAAGCACCAUGUCCCCGAGCUGGCAUUGCAGCCAAAUACAACUGCGGAGACUCUGCUGGACUGUUAGAGCACAGGAAUGAGAUCUGAGGUCCCUUGCUGCUGUUGGCACAUGGUACACAUUUGCUUUAACCUCAGGCAAGUCACAUACCCUCUUGACCUCCAUUCCCUUCAGCAGCACAGAAAGGAACGGACAGGAAACCUGCCUUUCUAAGAUGCUACCACCACCCUGCAUGGACGUUGCCAAAUGCGCGAUGGGAACCAUUGAUGGCAUAGCUCUGCCAGCAAGAUGUAAAAAGCAUGCUAUAGACAUUUUAUGGAUAUUUUCAAAGCACUAAUUUGCUUUCCCUCUGUUUACCAGCUUCUGGUGUUGCUUGCAUGUGCCAGAAGGCUGCAGGGUAGAGGUUAGUAGAGAGAUUAAACGACGUUUGGCAAGGAUGUGUUUCCCAGUUAUUUGGCAGCUGGCCCUUGCACAACUGGCUUCUCAAUCUGCAUGCUGCCACAGGGAACGUGUAAGAAGAUUUGGUGGCCCAACAGCACCAUCCCCUGCUAGUAGAAUUAAGGAAUUUAGGAGUACAACUGGGAUAGAGAGUGCUCAUGAGAGGGAAGAGAGCAUUGAAGGGCUCAGUUGGGAUAUUCCCACGGCAGAUUUGCAUUCUUACUUUUAGCAUCCAUGUAACCACCUGAGGGUAUAGACUGCCAGUUUUGCCUGGGCUCCUCCUUCGCUUUUCCAUUCUCCCUUCAAGCUCGCAUGAAGCAGAAGGGCCAGCAAUUUAGCAUAGAGGAAGUGGUUGUGACCUGGAAUUACCUGCAGAAGAUUAGUGCAGGUUUCUCACAGGUGCUGGCAUCCAUAUUUUAACUCCCUGUAUUAUCCAGCUGAGCUGAGGCAUUGCUUCCAAAAAUUUACAGCUGCAUACCCUCUUUUGCCCACCUUGAUAUUGGUGGCAACCCCAGGACCACAGCAGCUAAAAGGUGGCUGAGCAGUGCUUUGACAACUUGCUGGGGAGGCAAAGGUUGGGGACUAAUUGAGAUUACGAGGAGCAGAGCAUCAUGGUGCAUGCAGCCAUGGAACAAGCCAUGUUGCACUGGUGCACAGACAGUGGCAGGACAGGUUGCAGCUUUCCCUGGUGCCUGUGGAGAGCAGCUCUUCCCAUUGCUUCCCAGACCCGUUUGCCACUGGUGGUGCCUCCAAGCUUUCCUCUUUCUCUAAAAAGCUGCUCCAGCAAAAGAUGGAUUUGCUCCUGGAAGGAUUGUGCCAUUUCUAUAGUAAAAGAUGGUGAUACAGGACGUGGGGCUGCGUCAGGGAGUGGAAAGUACAAAAGAAGCCUCAUUAUGCCACUGGAAACCAGCACAGUAGGCACCAGGAAAAGAAAAGGCCAAUGAAAUGCCAUGCUGAGAUAAGUCCCGUUACUUGCUGAGAUGUUUACCCUCCUGGAGCAGCAUUCCCCUGCUUGUUGCCCAUCCAGCUGUCCCAGGUGAGCUCACUGGAAAGCACUGCUCUCCACCCAGGUUGCCUUCUUGCUUCUGCACCCCAAAAAGAGCUGUGAGUCUGUGUGUUACCCACCUUCCUCAAGCCUGCAUGAUUUGGGAGAUGCAAAGAUGUAAUACAGAUGCAUGGAGAGGGCUGGAAAACUUGGACAACCUCUCUUCACAGCAGCCCUUAUGGUUUUUAUCAUCUUCACCUCCAUCCCCAGCUCACGGAUUUCUUUGCUCAGUUUUUACAUGGAAAAGCUGCGGUAGCAGCUGUGUUCAGCUUAUAGCUGAGACAAACCCAAACGUCAGACCAGUGGGAGAUCCAACCAGCGUGAUGGUGGGUGAGCCAGGGAGCAGGCUGGGAUUUUCUCUUCACCCUCCUGAAGGCUGUGGGGCUGAGAGUUCACCAGGCUUGUGUGAAGAGUUGGUGUGAUGCAGCAAGCUGAGCCAGCCGCCUUCACCCUCCAUGUCUUGGAGAAGCAGGGGAUCUGGGACACACGCACCAGGUCCCACGCCUGACAGUGCAUGUAUGGUCCUGGUUUAGGCUGCAGACCUGCAGCAAAGGCACAGGAGGGAUGCCUGUGGGCUAUGCUGAGGCAGGACGCUGUAAGGCACGCUGUUAGGGCUGUCGUUCUUUAGGGAGAAAGACUCUUGUAGAGGAUGAAGUCUUUGCAGAGGAGUAAAUUCAGAAGGUUGCUUUUUUUCCCCUCCCUUUUUGCACAUUUUUAAACCAUUUUUACUCCUUCCACAGAGGUUAUUGAACCUUCAGUUUAAUAAGGGAAACGAGUCACCAUUGAAUAGCUUUCUGAAAGGUCUGAAAGCAGGUGCUGCUUGCAUGCAGAGCUGGUCUGUGCUGAACAUGCAGCUUCCAGACCUCACUCUACAUCCUGUAGCUGAGUCACUACGUGUGCUUUGCGGGGUUGGGGUGGGAGAGCCAGUGCUGGCCAUCAUGCCAACCAGCCACAGCUUCCCAAACUGAAGAAGAAUCAAACCAAGAAGUGGAGGAAGGAGCAGCAAUGGUAGAAUAGCUAGUUGUCACAGGUAAUCUUUGGUAUCCGUGUCCAGUGGUUAGUCCUAGAAUUGCAAGCCUUGUUAUAUUGCACAUGUCCUUCUCAUCUCUUUUCUCAAAGCAGUCAUUGCCUUUCCUCCUCCCUGCCACAUGCACUAGUGAUGAGCAUCAGAGGCAGUUGCACCAAAGUGACUGUUAGCCCAGUUCUGCAUGCCCCUCUCCCAUCCAAACCCAAGGCAGCCUCAAUAGUUGUUGGCCAUCAUCUAGUAACUCCGCUUGGGUUUCUUUCCUUGUGUACCAUAGCUUCAUUCACACUCUAGGGCAGUACAGGAGGCUCUGGCUUGUCCCAAGAAGCUUCUUUGCCCCCUGGCAGCACCUUGCAGACAUGCACCUUACUGGGAAUGUACUGGGUCGAUGCUGAUGAGAUCUUGCACUGCUCAUCUUGUGUAGGUGGCAGCUGAUGGGGAUCCACUGGGGGAAGCUGGCAGAAUGUGGCUGCUGUCCUUUUUCUUUUCUUUCCUGAAGAAGAGGGGGAUUUUUCUGGCAUUGUGAUUAUAGUCCACCUUCCAGUGGCCAAGUUCAGGGCUGCAUUAAUAAUUGGGGAUCAUUGGCUGUCCAGGCAGGUAUGGAGCUUCACACCAACCAUAACGGCAAAUGUCGUGGCUGUAUCCAGAGCCUGGAUGCGGGCUGGGUUUCUCCCAUGCUGGCAAAGCAUUCUCAGCAGACUCCAGACAGACAUUUACAGCAGGCAGGGAAACUGCACUCCAAGUCCGGAUCAAAUCUGCACCUCCAUUUCACGUCCUCAGCUUGGGAAAAACUCAACCCAAGCGAAUGCUUCCCAGGUCUCCUUUCCCUGUGCAGUGUCCAGGGUAGAGGGUGGCAGGAGGCAUUUCAGGAUCACCAAAAGUGAGAUCCUUUUUGGAUGUGUUGAAUGGAAAUAUCUUUCAGGAGGAGAAACCUUUCGACCUUUGCAUUAGUAUCAAGAGCAGGAGAUGGGAUUUCUGGCUGUCCUUGCAUAUAGUGAAACAUAGCUGAAACAGCCAAAUGCAAAGUAGAGUUAAAUGUAGGGUUUGACCUGAAUAACCUUUUAAUUAGGAAGAUAAAUUUGUUGUAGCUUGACCUUAGUCCAUGUUAGGAACCUGCUAAUCAUUUGACAUGCAGAGUGUAUUAAUGCUGCACUUAACUUGGCCAUUGGUUUUAUUAUCUGAUUUGGGGAGAUUUUUCGCUCCCAAAGCAUUAGUCUGCAUCUUGUAAGGGUUUUCUUUUCUCUCUUUCUUUCCCAUUCAGAACAUGUAGCACACUGUUGUACUUCUGUUCCCGUCUGCGUAGAGUAUUGCCUUAAACAGAUCAGUUGUGUUGUGGUUUGUUUGGGGUUUUCUUUUUUUCUACCAUCAGUUUUAUGCAUUAAUUUAUUUUAAAAAACGUGGGUUGGUUUUGGUUUUUUUCUUCCCAAAAACAUGAAACAUGUAUAAUAUUUUUUUUUUUUUAACAUUUCCAUUGCAGUAUUUAUCAUUGUUACUGGUUGUGUGUAGUGUAACAGAAUUAAUGAUAUUAAAAAGCAUACAUAUG